AUGUCCAGCGUAACUCAAGGUGUUAAAGAUUUCCUUAAAGGUUCCCACAAGGCCGAUUCCACAGAGGUCUGCUCUGAGGUCGCCCCUGAAGUCGUUCAAGAACACAUCAAACCUACCGAGCACGUAGAAACUGCUGAGGCCGUUGACAGAGAGAGACAUGUCCACCACCACCAACACCGAGUUCAACCAAUUGCUGACAAGCAAGUUCUUGACACUCAACACAUUAACUCCACUGGACCUGAAGUAGUUCGAGAACACAAGGAGGAGAUGCUCCCCGAGCACCAAGCCAAACUCCACGAACAACGAACUCUCCACACCAACACCCAACAUACCGCUGACACUGCCCGAACCAACGCUCACGUUGGACAACACGUCAACGAACACGAACACCACCACAUUCACGAGACUGUUCAACCCGUUAUCCAAAGAGAGACCAUCCAACCUACCGUUGUUCACCACACCGCCGGUAUCCACGAGAAGAUUCACGAUGCUCCUAUCGUCCACGAAGCUACCACUCUCCCCACCAUCUCUCACGCUGAUUUCCUCAAGCAAAAAGCUGAGGCAGGUGUAGCUUCCCACUCUGACAAAGGUCACCAACAUCAAUUCUACGAAGGUGCCCCACGAGUAGGUGGACACAAGGAGAAUGCCGUAUAA